ACUGCACAACAAAAAUGGCUUCCCUUCGCCACUGUUCGAAUAGGUUACUCCAAUUAAAUAAAGUUUUACCAAAGAAUUCUCGCCCGUUUACGCUUUACAACAAUAGAAAACCGAUAAAUACAAUAUACACAACAUUCGGUGUUGUAGUGAGUGCUAGUGCUUUGUAUUAUUUCGUAUCAAGAUUCAGAAAUGCUCACACAGUUCAUGCUUUUAAACCGAGGAAGAAAGAUGAUGAACUGGCGAAGGCUGUCAAGUUGACGUCCAGGGAAAAGAGAUUCAUCAAGUUUGCCUCGGUUGAGUACGACGGUCAACUGUACAUGACUCCUCAAGACUUCCUGGAGUCCUUCGUUGACCAGGAGCCGAGACCCCGAGUGAAGAGGAAGAACCUGAAACAGAAGGACCUUGACAGCAUCCGAGAUUACACUCCGAUACUGAGCAAAGGCAAUUCCAGGAUGUUCCGGGACCUGCGAGACAAGGGUAUAAUAUCUUAUACCGAGUACCUGUUUUUGCUGUCCAUCCUAACAAAGCCGCAAACUGGAUUUCGUAUUGCCUUCAACAUGUUCGACACCGACGGAAACGAAAGAGUUGACAAAAACGAAUUUCUUGUGUGUAUGAAUGUGGUGUCGGGGUUAGCCAACAGAUCUUUAAAUUACCAAGUGAUCAUUCCCGAAGUACACGUAGAACCGUCAAAUGUUUUAACCGAAGCCUCAGAGUCUAUAAUGGAGAAGAUUUUCAGUCACGCCUGGAAGGACAAGCGAGGUUUGGACAUUGAAGCAGUCGAGACGCAGCAGGUGGGAGAGCCGAGUGACGAGUAUGUAGAUGAUGAGCAAGGAUUACAACGGAGACACGCAGUGGACACUACACUCAUCAUUCAUUUCUUCGGCAAGAAGGGAAACAACGAGUUGCGCUACGAAGGAUUCAGGAAGUUCAUGGAAAACUUGCAGACAGAAGUGCUGGAGUUGGAGUUCAAUGAGUUUUCCAAGGGUUCCACCACAAUCAGUGAGAUUGACUUUGCCAAGCUUCUGUUGCGCUACACUGAACUCGACACUGAUGCAUACGACAUGUUCUUGGAUCGUUUGCUAGACAGAGUCAAGGAAGACGAUGGAAUCACUUUUGAAGAGUUCCGUGUCUUCUGUCAGUUCUUGAACAACUUGGAGGACUUCACCAUUGCUAUGAGGAUGUACACCUUGGCAGACCAUCCGAUUUCCAAAGAUGAGUUCCAUCGUGCUGUGAAGAUCUGCACAGGCACAAGUCUUAGUGAACACUUGGUCCACACGGUGUUUGCUCUGUUUGACGAAGACGGCGACGGUCAACUCAGCUACCGAGAGUUUAUCGCUAUUAUGAAGGAUAGGCUGCAUCGAGGUUUCAAGAUUACUACCAAGAAUGAAGGUUUGGAGUCCUUCAAGAUAUGCCUUCGUCAAGAGAUGAAAUCACCAGGUUAAAACUAAGUACUACUAACGUACUUAAAACCAUCAUAUAUUUGUAUAGAAUUUAAAUUUUCCACCUUCUUUAUUUGGGCUUGAUAAAUCAAGGGUAUGUUUUUGUUUUAUCUUGUUUGAAGUGCUAAUGUAACCUUUCUGUGAUUCUCAUGGUUUGUUUGUUUUCUCUGUGAUAUGUUGUAGUCAUUGAUUGUUGUUGACUGUUUUGUUCGUAAGUGUAUUUAUUAUGUCUGCAAUACAAAGGCUGUUAUAAUUAGGGCUUAAGUCUUCAGCACAAGUUGAUGAAAACCAAAGGUUUGAGGUUACAAUGUACAAUAGAAAAAAAUGGUCGUCUUGUAUUUUCAUUCAUUAAAUCUAGAGAGGAAUUAUGCAGUUUUCCUUAUCUUAAGAGGAAUGUUUGGUAAUUACAAUUUUACAUUUAAACACAAGCUUAUUAAAGUAGAAUACGCAGUAAUUAAAGCUCAAACGUUAAAAAUUUUUUAAAUACUUCGAUUUACUCCAGCUAUAUUUUUCAAAACAAUUAUAAAUAGAAACAAAUGUAGAUUCUUGAAAAUAAGAUUUUUCACUUUUGAUCUAUCUGAAUUUGUAGUGGUAAAUGUUAUCUUAAUAUAAGAUCAAAGAUUUAUAAAUAUGUUUGGGAUAUUAGAAAGGUAUUAAUUUUACUCAUAUAACAUAGUGUUAAGUCUUUAAAUAUUAUCUAAAUUAUUUAACGGUUUUCUUAAUUUACGAUUGUCAAUGAUAGCUCAACUCUGUAUUUUCCACAAAUAAUGCAUUUGAUUGUUCUAUAAAUAACUUAUCAUAGUUAUAUUAUUUAAUUUAUUAAUAGGUUAAUGUACAUAAAAAGAACUAACCCAAUAUAUUUUCACAACUAUCCGUGAUAUGUAAAACUGUUUAAUCUAAUAAUAAAUCAUUUCUUUUACUGCUCAAAUACUGUAACGGACAAUGUACUUAGUUUUUUUCUCGAUUUUAAUAGUGUUUAUGAAUUUACUAAACAAAUUUAUCUGCCCAUCCAAAAAUUUUGCCAUUGCAAAAAUGUAGCACAUAACUGCACAAAUAUGAUCAUUAUCGUUUAUAAGAAUCUAUUUUAUAUUCUUUAAAAUAAUUGGUUUAACAAAUUUGUCUUUCAGAUUAAAUAAUAGUAUUGUUAGUCAUUUGUUUAAGCAGUUAGUUAAAAACCAAAAAUAAAUUAGUAUCGUUAUUUGACUUUUUUACCAAAAUAACAUGAAUUUAUAAGUAUUAUUUGAGAUAAAACUCUAGUCUUCUUUUCCUAUGAGACUGUUAAGUUUUAAUUUGCCAUUACAUACAUUACAUGGAUUAUCUGUUGUAUAGAUUUAGUCAUAAAUAAUUACAUUUGAAACUAAAAUAUUAUUCAUUGUUACAUAAUUAAUCUUGUUAAAAUUGUUAUUUAUAAUGUUACCAAGAACAAAAUAGAAUAGUUUACGAUUAUCAAAUCAACAUAUUGUAGUGAUGCUAAUAGUAUUGCAGAAAGUGGGCUGUAACCUGUUUCUCAAUCAAUCUAUUACCUAAUUUAUUGUUGGUUGAGAUGUAAUAUUAUCGUAACCAAUAAAUAUUUAUUGCAAAACCAGCAAAACUU